UGUGUGAGAGAGACACAUCCAUUGGUUGCGUCCAGCAGGUACAUGCCCUUGAUGGGAGUCGAACCUGAGACCCUUCCUCUGCAGGCCAAGGCUCGUUUAAAGAUUUUAUACCCAGGAAGCUUUUGGCCUGCUUUGCUUGCCAAAUCUGCCCCAUGAUGGCAGGAUUGGGAAACCCGAGGCAAGAUUUAUUUUGGCAGUUAGGGGUUGGGGGAAAGUGGAGUGAAGAUGUGCAGCUCCAUGCCAUGAAGUGAUGCUGUUUGUAAGCAAUGACAGCGCCAUUCUGUUUGGGCGCUUAUUUUCCCAGUGAGUGUUCUGAGAGUGAUUCCUGGAGCAAGUUAAAUGGAGAAGGACUUAGCCUACAUCAUCAUUGCUGUUUUACUACCAAGAACCUUGGGAACGUUCAUCUCUGCUGUAUUCUGUUGUAGGUGUCUUUCAGUUUUAGGGAAGUGUUGAUUCUGGAGAAAUCCUGCCUUUGCUGGAACCUGCAUGACGAGGCAGCAGAACUGAGCUCAAGUGAAGCAGAAGUGUAAGAAUAUGAGCUCCCUAAUGGCCAUGAGCGAACCAAGGCUGAACUGGGAUGUCUCCUCAAAAAAUGGCCUUAAGACAUUUUUCUCUCGAGAAAAUUACAAAGAUCAUUCCAUGGCUCCAAGUUUAAAAGAACUAUGUAUUUUAUCUAACAGGCGUAUAGGAGAAAAUUUGAAUGCCUCAGCAAGUUCUGUAGAAAAUGAGCCGGCAGUUAGUUCAGCAACUCAAGCAAAGGAAAAAGUUAAAACCACAGUUGGAAUGGUUCUUCUUCCAAAACCAAGAGUUCCUUAUCCUCGUUUCUCUCGUUUCUCACAAAGAGAACAGAGGAGUUAUGUGGACUUGUUGGUUAAAUACACAAAAAUUUCUGCUAAUUCCAAAGCUGUUGGAAUAAAUAAAAAUGACUUCUUGCAGUACUUGGAUAUGAAAAAACAUGUGAACGAAGAAGUGACUGAAUUCCUAAAGUUUUUACAGAAUUCUGCAAAGAAAUGUGCGCAGGAUUAUAAUAUGCUUUCUGAUGAUGCACGUCUCUUCACAGAGCAAAUUUUAAGAGCUUGCAUUGACCAAGUGAAAAAGUAUCCAGAAUUCUAUACUCUCCAUGAAGUCACCAGCUUAAUGGGAUUCUUCCCAUUCAGAAUAGAGAUGGGAUUAAAGUUAGAAAAAACUCUUCUCGCAUUGGGUAGCGUGAAAUAUGUGAAAACAGUAUUUCCCUCCAUGCCUGCAAAGUUGCAGCUCUCAAAAGAUAACGUAUCAACCAGUGAGACACCAGAACAAACAGCUGCAGCUAUGCAUUAUGAUAUUAGUAAAGAUCCAAAUGCAGAGAAGCUUGUUUCAAGGUAUCACCCUCAGAUAGCUCUAACUAGUCAAUCAUUAUUUGCCUUAUUAAAUAAUCAUGGACCAGACUACAAGGAACAGUGGGAAAUUCCAGUGUGUAUUCAAGUAAUACCUGUUGCAGGUUCAAAACCAGUUAAAGUAAUUUAUAUUAAUUCACCACUUCCCCAAAAGAAAAUGACAAUGAGAGAGAGAAAUCAAAUCUUCCAUGAAAUUCCAUUAAAAUUCAUGAUGUCCAAAAACACAUCUGUUCCAGUCUCUGCAGUAUUUAUGGACAAACCAGAAGAUUAUAUGCCUGAAAUGGAUAUGUCUCAUGAAGUUAAUGAGUGCCGAAAAAUUGAGACCCUUGAAAAUUUGGAUCUGGAUUUUGAUGAAGAUGUCACAGAACUUGAAACUUUUGGAGUAAGCACCACCAAACCAUCCAAGUCACCAAGUCCAGCAAGUACUUUCACAGUACCCAACAAGACAGACACUCCCACAGCCCCCCGUGCAGCAACCACACCUGUGGCACCAAAUGCACCAGUAGACAUUUCUGCUCAUUCUAGGAGUUUAUCUCAGAUUCUAAUGGAACAGUUGCAGAAGGAGAAACAGCUGGUGACUGGUAUGGAUGGUGGCUCUGAAGAAUGUAAAAAUAAAGAUGAUCAGGGAUGUGUACCAUGUGGUGAGAAGACAUCAGAUAAUUCUGAAAAGUCUCUGAUGCAAGAUGGUGACUUGAAAACAUCUGAUGCCUUACAGUUAGGAAGUUCUGCAGAAAUUGAAACCUCUAAUGAAAAUGAAAUGGCUACUGAUACAGUGUAUGCUGAUGAAAGACUAAAUGUUCCAGAGAACACAGACAAUUUGAAGGAAAAGUCUGUUACAUCAGAAGCAGCGAAAACUGAAGAUGUAGUUCCUUGCCAUAGUGAUACAGAUGAAGACUGUUUAAUCAUUGAUACAGAGUGUCAAAAAAAUAGUAACGGAAAGACAGCUGUUGUGGGUUCUAACUUAAGUUCUACACCAGCCAGCCCAAAUUCAUCCCCAGGACAGGCUUCUGUAGGAAACCAGAUUAAUACUACUUGUAGUCCUGAAGAAUCCUGUGUUUUAAAAAAACCUAUCAAACGAGUAUAUAAAAAAUUUGAUCCAGUUGGGGAGAUUUUAAAAAUGCAGGAUGAACUUUUAAAGCCAAUUUCCAGAAAAAUACCUGAAUUGCCUUUAAUGACUGUAGAAAAUUCCAAACAACCUCCUGUUUCCGAGCCACCCUCUGCUCCCUCAGAUGCCUCUACGUGGCCCAAAACUAUAUGGUCUUCUGCAUUUCAGAAGCCAAAAGGACGAUUGCCAUAUGAACUUCAGGACUAUGUUGAAGAUACAUCAGAAUAUGUAGCUCCUCAGGAAGGAAAUUUUGUUUACAAGUUAUUUAGCCUGCAAGACCUGUUGUUACUUGUACGAUGCAGUGUCCAGAGGAUAGAGACCAGACCACGUUCUAAAAAACGGAAGAAAAUCAGAAGACAAUUUCCAGUUUAUGUUCUACCAAAAGUGGAGUAUCAAGCUUGUUAUGGAGCUGAAGCUCUGACUGAAAGCGAACUGUGUCGCUUAUGGACUGAAAGUUUAUUGCAUUCCAACUGCUCAUUUUAUGUUGGUCAUAUCGAUGCAUUUACUUCGAAGCUUUUCCUGCUAGAAGAAAUUACCUCAGAAGAACUAAAAGAAAAAGUUUCAGCACUCAAGAUUUCAAGUUUAUUUAAUAUCCUCCAACACAUUCUAAAGAAAUUAACUAGCUUGCAGGAAGGUUCCUACUUAUUGUCUCAUGCAGCAGAAGAUUCUUCACUCCUGAUCUAUAAGACUUCUGACGGAAAAGUUACGAGGACAGCAUACAAUCUGCAUAAAACACAUUGCAGCCUCCCUGGUGUACCUUCCAGUCUCUCAGUGCCCUGGGUUCCGUUAGAUCCCAGUCUGUUAUUACCAUAUCAUAUCCAUCAUGGAAGAAUUCCUUGUACUUUUCCACCUAAGUCACUAGGUCCCACAACACAACAAAAGAUUAGUGGAACAAGAAUGCCUACACACAGCCGCAGGAAUCCAGUUUCCAUGGAAACCAAAAGCCUGCCUGCUCAGCAAGUUGAAAAUGAAGGAGUGGCUCCAAAUAAAAGAAAAAUAACUUAAACUCUACCGUGGAAAAUGAAGAAACGGCUUUAAGAAUGUUCAAUUUAGAAAGGUUUGCGGGGAAAUAUGCCCAGAAGAUCAGUAGACAAGAUGAACAUUUUUCUUUUUUGUCCUUGAGAGUUCUUAGAGUGCCUUGAAAAACAUGUUGGCUCUGUGAAGGAAUAUUUUAACUACAACGGAAUGCUACACUUAACUCUAGAUGUUUGAGGAGAAUCUGGAUAUGCUUUAACAUUGUCAUGGCAGGGAAAUUAUAGAAAAGAAAAUUAUUUUUAUAGUAGAACUUUUCCAAAAAUUGUAAAUAGGAAAACAAUUUGCUUUUUUUCAAGAGCAAUAUUUAUCAUCAUGUGUUAUAUUCAUAAUUUGAACUGUAUCACCCACCAGUCUGUGGAAAGUGGCUCAGAAGUCAAGUCUUGCCACUGUAAGAGAUCAUUUUGAGCAACGUGUAAACCUUGUUUCUGACCCACUGUGACGUUUUUUCUAUGCUAUUUUUAAAUGAUGAUUGUUGCAGGUUAAUAAAGUUAAUACUUUCAAAACUUGGCAAAAUUCCAUUGCAGAAGCUAAAAUUUAAAAUAAAAAGCUUCCUGCCUCUGAAAA